AUGCCCGACAACGAUGAGGAACCGCCCCACGAAGAACGUCCAGCUGAAGAUCAACCCGCGGAACAACGGGGACAGCCUCCUUCUGAUCAGGGCCGCGAUCAGCCUACUCAAGAGCAACCCGAGAAUCAACCCCCUCCCGAUCGACGCGAGAUCAUCGAGAUCCCGGACGAACAGCCUGAAGAGGAAGAGCCCGAUCAAGCGGAGUCUGGUCGAUCGCACCAAUCUCCCGAGGCUGAUCAGUCCGACGCGGACAGAUCGGCUUCGGAUGAGCCCGCUUCUGGUGAGGACGAAUCUGAGUCCGAGGGAACCGAUCAGGAGGCUCUGGCGGCGUUGACCCGGUCUCGAUCGGAGGCCCGUCGUCGUCAAUCCUCCUCGCCUACUCGUCGCGCCCCACCUACUCGAUCUCGAUCGCCAUCAGUCCAGUCGAUAAACUCUCGAUCAGGCUCCGUUCACUCCCGACACUCCAGAGGUACACCUCGAUCUGCCGGUGGUUCGCCCCGAUCGUCUCCUCCGAGAUCGCCGCCCGGCUCUCCCCCUGGAUCACCAGGGCCACGUCCUCUGAUCCCGCCAUUAUUCCCGAUCGGCACCAUGAUUCCUGGCUUCAACGCUCCCAGGGUACUGACCCAAGCGGACACCGAGCCUUGGCCUUCGAUGUUGUUGAGCCAGCUGCAGAUCACUGCCAUGAUUCAGUCGACUCUGGUCCGCCAGCUGCCCGUUCCUCCGGGAUGGCUCUUUCCGCUCUUGGUUCGUGGUGCCGUACAGCCUGUUGAAGGAACAGGCUAUCGAGAUGACUUGAUCACCAGCCCCAACAUCACGGCUCUGAUGGCUGACCGCCCCUGGCAGGUCCUUCGAAACCCGGGAGGUCCUCUGACCUUCGAUCUCGCAUUACAUCGGCGUAACGGCACUAGAUUGGGUCGGAUCGCGGACGCAUACCUGCGAUUCGAGGAGCGGAACCGGCAGGCUCUCUGGGAGGCCACUCAUCACCUCCCGAUCACUGGUACCCAGCGCGAUGCCGACCCCGUCGGCGAUCAGUACUAUCAAGAGCGUCGAACACGGCGAAUCCGUGUCGGUGAUCGGUGGCGGCGACUCCUCCGCGAUGUACUGCCAGUGAUGCGUGAUAUGUGGGCGGACCUCGAUCUGCUGCUUGAUCCGUUCUUCCUACAUAUCCCUGUUCACCUGCGGGACUUUGGUACCUGGUAUCCUGGCGUGACACCCACGAUCCUUGGCGAAACCAGUACCGCUCAGGACCACCCAGCCCGGCAGAUCCCUCGUCUUCGCAACAAGUUCAACCCCAAUGUCGGCGCCCAGCAGCCGUAA